GAAAUUUUCAACUACUCUCUGCACUGAAGUUUGAACACACGAAAACUCUUUACAAGGAGUUCCAUACACACUGAUUAUUUGUAAAGGUGUGUUCAAAGCGUGAGCGGUAUGUUAUCGCAACUGCCACCCCUACAAAGGGGACUCGAGGACUACCUAGUAGUCACAGUCUACUGCACCAGGGCCAUAACAAUCCAAACCAGUUCAUCGAUCCGUUCAUGAUUUCGCCGAAGAACUGCCCAAGUUCUUAGCAGCAUGAAUCGCCAUCAUAGUAUCAUGCUAGGUGACAGAUUUGUCUCCCAAAUCUAGUUUCUUUUUCGGCGAUGUGGUAUGAUUCGACUCGGGUCUACCUACAGAUUACUAUGCUUAUAAAGAGCCAUUGCAAACACGAUUCAGUAUUUCGUUUCGAAGCACAUUAUCUGUUAAACCUAUUAACACCCAGCACAGCCAUAUUGAUCAUGUUAAUGAGUGUUUCCAGAUUCUGCCGUUGAAUAAAAAGAAGAAGAACCUUGAUGGAUAUUCCUAGUUUGUCUAACAACCACUCUAAUCUUUAACUGGGAAAACAAUUUUUUGUUCAGGAUAUGCAAACAACAGUCCUCGAUUCACCAAAAUAAAUCGGCAUUCUCUCUAGCUUCACAGAUACGUAUUGCUUUAGCCAUGGCAGAUAUCGAAUCUUUCUCGGCGCUCAUAAGUAUCCCAUCAGAAAUCAGGCUUAUGAUAUAUGAAUACCUUUUCAACGAUUACAACAACAAAAUUUUCGAAAUCCGCAACCAAAAACCAUACGCCCAUGGCCAACGUCCUGAUGGGCCUUGUCGUUCCCUACGUUCCUCCUACAGUGUCGAUUUUUCUCCUCUGCGACAACAACUUCAGACGACAUAUAAACUAUGCACUGCCGUCGACAUACAUACCUCUAUAAUGAGAGUGAAUCGCAAGAUAUAUGAAGAAACCUUACCAAUGUUAUACUCCAAUCGAACAUUCAGUUUUCAUAAGGAUAUCGAGGCCAUCGUCCCCUUCUUUUCCGAUCUAAAUCCUAGUACGCGACCUUUAGUACAAGAGAUAUCUCUUUUCAAGCAAGGUUUCAUCUUUUCUCUCGAAUCGAAUCGAUGCGACUGGAACAAUCUUUGUAAAUUUUUGAAAGAUCACAUGCAGUUAAAGGGAUUGAAAUUGAUCGUUGAGGGAGGACAACCAAGAGGCGAAAGAGAAACGAAACAGUACACAUCGUCGGAGUUUAAGACUUUAACAACUCAUUCAAACGAACACUUGGUAUGGGUUUCCCAAUUGUUGGAAAUCAAAGGUAUUCAGAAAUUGGAUAUCACUUCUGAGAUGCAGUCUAUGCCCUCGUCGAAUCAUUCUUCAUCCAUGGCCCUUUUUGUCGCGUUCUCUGCUUCAAUCAUGAAUGGAUUUGCCGAGUACUUACGACGAGAACUCAUUGGUGUAUAAUUACAACGUGUAUAUUCCUGGAAAUAUUUUGCGGUGUAAGAGUUAUUGUACGAGGGAAGUCAGAUUUUGACGUUGAUCUCUGGGUACUUUGGCACCAGUCAUGCAGUGUCAUCCUCAGCCGCAUGCUGUAAGAUACCAUUCCGGAUGUACUGGUCAUACUUCCGUCUCGAGGUAUAAACAGACUGUUGGUUUCUUAUUCGUCUCUUCGUGUUGUACAUUAGAGAAAUGUAUAACCCUUACGUAUUGCCCAGGCUCUGCUGUGCUUCUUUAUAGACAAUUGGAUUUUCAUUAAUAUGGGAUAUUCCUCA